AUGGAAAAACUCAAAGCGAGUGGUGCUGUGCCUGAGGUGUACAAGGCUCUGAAGCUCCCACUUGGUCCUUGCUUCGAGGGAUCGCUUGUCGUGACGGAGAAACUGGAUAAGAGUGCGAUGGGCAUGCUACAGGAGUAUGCCACCAAACCCUUCAAUCGUCUGAUCAUGAUGCAACAAUGGGUGAAGGGAUUGGCCUAUGCCCAUGAAAAAGGAAUUGCCCAUCGUGAUGCCAACCCUGGGAAUUUGAUGAAGGUCUUCCACCGGGAUGAGUGGAAGAUUAUUGACUGGGAUCAUGCAUACGAUUUCGGACGGAAGCCAGGUAAGACCUUAAUCAUUUAUAAUCACUUGCAUUACAAGCUACAAUAG